AUGUCGUUAACACAUCACGUCCUACCGUCCUGUGUCGUUUUGUAUGCCGUCGCCUGCGUUCUACCGCCGGGAAGGUACGUUGCCGGAAGCUAUCUGCGCGAUGUUGAACUGAUCGGUCCCUCGUCACAGGCCGAGCUUAACACCGUCUACUACUAUCCGAGCUACGUCAAAGGUGAAGAUCCGGUCGAAGAAUACAACCGCAGACGGUUGCAUGUGGACACGGCCAAUUUCAUGGAGUACGAAGCGAACCGUCCGAAUGAUAUUGAGCAGAAGCGACAUAACCAACAGCAACAGCAGGCACACGACCACGACGAUGAUUGUUGUUGGAAAGUGAAACGAAAGCGGAAGUACAAUGGGCGAUCACGGUACCCAAAGCACCACGCAACCGAUCCGAUGCGCGUGGUCGAUGCGCAAACCGAUCACGAGCAAAAUUAUCUGAAAAUUCGCCAGGCGGGCACGGGCGUACCGCGGUACGUCCGGGACGAUGUGGAACUGUUCGAUAUCGAUCGGGAAAAUCGGAUCAAGGCAAAGCGUCCGAUCAGGCGGCGCACGAGAACGGCGCACGAAACGCGAACCAACGUGCAACGGCCACGGUACGAAGAAUCGGACCCGCAAAUAUUCGCGUACGAACGAUCCGACGCAUUACCGAGCGGGCGGGCUGACGCAGAUAAUCGAGGAGCUACACAGGAUGAUCAAUAUUUUCAAGAUACGUUUCAAUUCCAAAAAUCACCCCUGGAGCUAGAAUUUGGCCACUUGUUCGAAUCGAAUAAUGGCUGGGAGGAGCGCUUCGAGCGGCAGAAUCAUCAGAACCACAGGCAUCAAGGAAAAGUCAAAUGGGCGGACAAGAAGGGUGGCUUCGGGGAACAUUACUGGGAUCUGAAUCACAUCCAACCGAAUGCCCGAUAG